AUGUCAGUGACAUUUUCGAUGCUGUUAGCUGACUCUAAUAAAGUUGACCGACCUGCUAAGCUAAUAAACUCUCAGCUACAAUGUCUCAGUUUCAAGCACUGCCGGCACAAGACGAGCUUACGACAGGUCAGGUCAGGAACAUACAUACAAACGCUAGAGCUGACGAUAUCCUCGUUCCCAUGGACAAAGGGCCCUUUGGGACGGGGUCAAAGCCACAUCCCUACAGAUGACAAUUGGUCCUCCAAGUUCAGCAGCCAGCCACAGCGCCCAAAUGGACCACACCACCUGCAGCGCUACCAUCACAGCCCAGACAACCCACAAGGCUCUUGUUCAGCUUAUAGGCAUGGCUGUCAAGCCACAGGCCCCAAGGGCACGCACCCUCUCCACGUGGAAGUCAGGGGCUACGUAUGA